AUGUUGAAUCCAUCUUCAGCCCCAGUGGCCAAUUCCACAACUUCCUUCUGGAGGACUACCACGCACCGAUUAGAUCGUCAUCGUAGCACCCCUGAUCUCCCCACGGAAUCCGAUAUUGUCAUAAUUGGCGCGGGCUUUGCGGGCGCAUCCCUGGCGCAUUUCCUGCUCAAAGACAAUCCUUCGCCGCCUUCUGUCACUAUCCUCGAAGCGCGGGAGGCUUGUUCUGGGGCAACUGCGCGAAAUGGUGGCCAUCUAAAGCCGGAUGUCUACUUCAACAUCCCAAAGCUAAUCAAGAAGUUCGGUGCUCGUGCUGCUGCUGAGGUGGCCGCCUUCGAGUCGUCCCAGGUGCUAGCGGUGAAAGAACUAGUAGAGCAAGAGAAAAUCGACUGCGACUUUGUUCUCACGAGAGCCUGCGAUGUGAUCCUGGAGGAAAAGCUGGCUAGAGAGACUGAGCAAGCGUUCCGCGAAUUGGUCCAAUCGGGCGAAGCAAACCUGAGAGACGUGCAUUUUACACCGCGACGAGAUGCGGAACGAGUAUCGGGUGUGAAAGGGGCUUUGAAUUGCUUUACCUUCACCGCAGGCCAUAUCUGGCCAUAUAAGAUGGUCAUGCACUUGCUGGACGGGGCCGUCAAGAAAGGCGCAAACCUACAGACCAUGACACCGGUGACACGUGUCUCUGACGCCCCGGACUCCGAGGGUCGAUGGAUCCUGUCAACGGAGAGAGGGACUAUCAAAGCCCGUAAGGUGCUAUUCGCAACCAACGCAUACACAUCCCACUUGGCAACGCAGUUCACCAACCAUAUCAUUCCGGUGCGAGGCAUAUGCAGCCGGAUCGUUGUGCCCGAGGGCAAGCCGGCUCCCUUCUUGUCCCAGACCUACAGUAUCCGGCAUGGCGACGCAUUGUACGACUAUCUCAUCCCACGGCCCGAUGGCAGUAUUAUUGUAGGAGGUGCAAAGCCGCCAUUUUGGUCUGACAGCUCACAUUGGUACGGGGUUACCGAUGACAGUAAACUGAUCGAGCCAGCAAAGCCCUGGUUUGACGGUCUUAUGCAGCGAACGUUCAUUGGAUGGGAGGAGAGCGGUGCUUAUACUGAUAAAGUCUGGACGGGCAUAAUGGGCUAUAGCUCGGAUUAUAUGCCCUACGUUGGCAACAUACCCGGUAAACAGAACCAGAUGAUUCUGGGAGGAUUUUCCGGUCAUGGAAUGCCGCUGAUUCUCCUCUGCGCGAAAGCCAUAGCCGACAUGGUGCGAAGAGGAACAUCUUUCGAGGACACUGGAGUUCCUUCUGUCUUCAAGGUCACUGAAGCGCGGCUCGCUAGUACGAGAAACGAGGUUCUCGAGGGCAUUCAGAAGCAAAAUGGCGAGAGCAAGCUUUAG